GCGGCCUCUCGACAAGUUUGAACCUGUCGACCGCAGUACCGCAGUGCAGGGAGAAACACGGGAUGAGCUGGUGGUGUUCGCCGUAUUUGCUCUCGGCACAUGCUCAGUGAUGGCUAGUAUUUUGCCGGUGGUAGGGGUGUUGUUAGUGCUGGGAGUGUCUAGUGGAGUGACCCAGCUCUGUGAAGACGACACAGAUUGUAAACAUGGAUUGUAUUGUUUUUCGGCAACACACAACUGUGUGCAGUGUGUUGAAUGUAGUGAGUACCGAAGACACAAUACAAGAAAGUGUGUGAAGGAACCGCUUCAGUGUGGCGAAUGCCUAGAUGGCUAUGAAUUAGAGAUCCUCUCUGACGGCGUCAGAGAUGUAUGUGUGCCAACUCCAGGGCAACCAUCCUCAGCACACAUGACGACAGCUCAGAAGUCAUUGGAGAUGUCUUCUUGGCUCCUCUAUGGAGCUAUUUGUACAAUCGGCGUUUCUUUUGCUGCUUGUGCUUUUUUUGCAGUUUUUAAAUUGAAAAACGUCUUACUUUUGAAGCAUCGAACACGCUUCUUCCCAGAACUUGAGUCCACGUCCACAUCAUCUAGUGCAUUAUAUGCACCAUCUGCACCAGCUCCACCACCUACAAAUACACUCACAGCUGUGCCUAAAUUUUUCUUUGAGGAAGAAAAAAUGAUCCCAAAAAAUGAAAUGAUCUCGGGCUAUGUACAAGAAAAUAAGUGUAAUGAUAACCUGCAAAUGGCGGGCAAAUUUAUUAGCCCAUCAUGGGUCCGUAAUUCUCCUGAUGACCAUCCUGAUGAUCUUGUUCUCAAUAAUGGAGGUGGUGAAGAUGAUGUUGAUGGGCCCAUUGUUCCUAAUCAACCAGCCCAAGAUUUCCUUAUUGAUGAGGAAACACUACCCUCUGAGUGGACACCAGGACCGGACCCUGGUCCAUCUACUUCGACAUCAGUGCCACUGAUUACCAGUUUCAGUGGCAUUCUGUCACUGAAUGAAGCCACUGGUUCUAGUGCGGGGUCAGAACAAAGCUCAUCAGAAUCAGCUAACCACAAUGCCAGUAGUAAUGUGAACCAAAUCAACGUAACAAAUAAUAUUACUGUUAUUAAUAGUGGGAACUCCAGUGUUGCGGGAGUGUACAAUAAUUUUACAAAAACUUAGAAUGUUUUUUUGUUUGUAUACUUUGAGGGUUCUGAGUAUACUCCACUCAAGUUUGCAACCAGAUGAUGUGUUCAUGAGACACAAGACUUUAAAACUCUUCCGCUAAUUUAUAUGGUUUUAAUCUAAUUAAUGUAACCUAUGAUGCACUCUUCCAUCUACUCUCACAAAAAUUUUGAAUGAGCUUUUAGUUUUUUUUCAAUUCCGGAUUGUAAACUUUUCACUAACUCAUGUGAAUUGUAUAAUAGAAUGAUAUGCUUUGAGGCUCACUUUGAUGUCCAUUUGAUUUUGUUGAUUUAAAUGAAGUAAGAAUAGAAUCAAAAUAAUCCUGUAUAUUUAUUGUAUUUUAUGUGCAGUGAAGUUUAAACUUCAAACAUAAAUGUCAAAUUGUUUCUGAUUGAAAAUUUAUUGCUAAACCAUUCCUGUCAAAGUUUCAAGGUUUUGAUUAUCAGGUUUAGUUAGCUCAGGCUACAAAUGAUAUUGAAUCUUACCCGUUUACUUGUUUUGAAUACUGUUUAGCAAUCAUAGGCGAUUUCAUCAAAUGUCACUUUGCUUAACCAAAUGUUUUGAUUAUCCGGUUGAGUUAGCUUGGGAUACAAAUGACAUUGAAUUUUAACCGUUUGCUUGGUUUAAAUAUUGAUUAGCAACUGCUGAUCUCUAUCAGAUGUCACUUUGCUCAACAGACUAUUGUCUUUGUACUAUGUUAUUGCAAGAGUGAGACUCUUUCACUUUCUGUGAAAUUACCUCAUACUAAUUUGCUGAGAUCUCUUUGAGUGAGAGAAUCUCACUCUAACUGGCAACAGCAUUAAUGUAGUGUACUACGUUUCUCCUCUAGUUUACAAUUGUACUUCAAUUGUAAAGCAAAUGUAUGGAUAUGUAAAUAAUCUCUUUCUGUGAGACAUUUCUCUCCCUUUUUUCACUUUUUGUACAUUGUGAUAUGUUAAAUUGUAGUGAUGUAGUAUUUAUGGAUUCAUUCUAUCAAUAAUUGAAUCAAGGUCUGUGAUUUUUGUUGUUAAAUAUGCAAUAUAGUUUCAUUGUUUUUUCUA